GCUGAGCAAGAUGGAGCUGUCUGCAGUGGGCGAGCGGGUCUUCGCGGCCGAAUCCAUCAUCAAACGGCGGAUCCGAAAGGGACGCAUCGAGUACCUGGUGAAAUGGAAGGGGUGGGCGAUCAAGUACAGCACUUGGGAGCCCGAGGAGAACAUCCUGGACUCGCGGCUCAUUGCAGCCUUCGAGCAGAAGGAGAGAGAGCGUGAGCUGUAUGGGCCCAAGAAGAGGGGACCCAAACCCAAAACUUUCCUCCUGAAGGCACGGGCCCAGGCCGAGGCCCUCCGCAUCAGUGAUGUGCAUUUCUCUGUCAAGCCGAGUGCCAGCGCCUCAUCGCCCAAGCUGCAUUCCAGCGCUGCCGUGCACCGGCUCAAGAAAGACAUCCGCCGCUGCCACCGCAUGUCCCGCCGCCCUUUGCCCCGCCCAGACCCCCAGGGGGGCAGCCCGGGCCUGCGCCCACCCAUUUCACCCUUCUCCGAGACGGUGCGCAUCAUCAACCGCAAGGUGAAGCCUCGGGAGCCCAAGCGGAACCGCAUCAUCCUGAAUCUGAAGGUGAUUGACAAGGGCCCAGGCGCAGGGGGCGCCGGGCAGGGGGCCGGGGCACUUGCCCGCCCCAAAGUCCCCUCCAGGAACCGCGUCAUCGGCAAGAGCAAGAAGUUCAGUGAGAGCAUCCUACGCACCCAAAUCCGCCACAUGAAGUUUGGCACCUUCGCGCUGUACAAGCCCCCACCCGCCCCUUUGUCACCCCCACCAGCUGGCAAAGCCGACAUCACUGCCUCCACGGGCCCGGGGCUACUCCUGGCCACCCCCACCACCCCCUAUGACGCCCGCAGCUCCAGCUCCUCUGGCUGCCCCUCGCCAACACCACAGUCCUCCUCUGACCCUGAUGACGUGCCCCCCAAGCUACUCCCCGAGACCGUGAGCCCAUCUGCUCCCGACUGGCACGAGCCAGAGGUGCUUGACCUGUCCAUUCCUCCUGAGUCAGCAGCCACCAGCAAGCGGGCAGCCCCCGAUGUCACUACCACUGCCGGCCAGGCACUUCCCACAGCCCCGGAGCCCACUGGCAUCUCCUCUGAGCCAGAGGCUGGGGAUUGGCGCCCUGAGAUGUCACCGUGCUCCAAUGUGGUUGUCACCGAUGUCACCAGCAACCUCCUGACGGUCACUAUCAAGGAAUUCUGCAACCCUGAGGAUUUCGAGAAGGUGGCUGCUGGGGUAGCAGGCGCCACAGGGGGUGGUGGCAGCAGUGGGGCAGGCAAGUGA